AAAUUGCAGCAUCGAACGAUCAAAUCAGUAUCGCUGUGAAGAUAUGACACACUCUGGAGCUCAUGCAAUGCUGCUGUGCAGUGUGUAUGGCCUACGCCAGCGUCUCCUGAGGGCUUGGUCAACGACGUCAUGAUGCGACAAUCACCGCGAUGCGCAUUCCACAACCCAACUCCACACGCCAUCGCUCUCGUCCACGCAAACGACUGUACUUCGCUAUGCUCUAAUCUAUAAUCGUAGGGGUAUCAUGCCUCGCACCAGAACCUCCGCGAUACCCAGCUCUCCGCCAUCCACGAAAUCUCCCUCUCCACCGCACAAGAGCGUGCGCGACCUCUUCCCCACGCCUGCUCUCCACGAUGAACACAUUCGCAUGUCGUAUGAGAUAGCCCGAGGAGAACAGGGAGUCUUGACAUUUGAGCCAUACAAGUCCAUCCUCUUACCACACUGGCGCUUCAGAACUGUGCCUGUCGCGGAAGAGUCUUCGAAGACGCUGAAAGGCGCGUUUGAUCAUUAUGUGCAAGAGGGAGAUUUGGUCGGGAGUGAUAUGGCGAGGAAAUUCAUUCAGAUGGGCAUGACGAGGGCGAAGAGAUACGCCAACCACGCCGGCGGCAAGAAAUACGCCAAGUCCUCCCUCCAACUCGAACGCGAAGCCGCCGCUCUGACUGGCGACCCAGUCAAAAAUCCCAACCACUCCCACAUCAAACGCACAGAACUGCCCAAAAGUACAGGACAUGCAGGACAAGAAGAAAAACUGGCUGCGAGUGAGAUCUUCAAAGUGCUGUGGAAAGAAUGUAUGAAAGACGAAGGCUAUCUGAGACUGAAAGAGCAAUGGCAGAAGGAGAAGAAAGAGUGGAUGAAGGCUGGAGGGAAGGUGAAGAAGGAGGAGGGGAUUUGGAAGGGGUAUGAGGCUGAGGGUGGGAGAGGAAGGAAUAGAAAAAAGGCGAUAAAAGAGGAGGCGAAAGACAAGAGCGGACAGGAAGAACACAUUAAGAAGGAAGUGGUCGAUGAUUGAGCCAGGAGCUUUGAGUAAGUAGUGUUCGGGUCACCGAGGAGCCAAUCGAACUCACAUGUAUGGACGAUAAACGACCCACCACUUUAAACGCAAGGAGCAAAGACAAAACAAUCGCCAACGGCAUUCGGGUCGGUGAGUGGGCGACCUACGCCUG